CUUGACAGUUGUGAGUUGUAACAUAACCUUGACGCUUGUUUACAACAUCAGCCACGAUUGAGUUUCUAAUCGUUUUGUAAUGGGUAAGCACAAGAGUCACAAGAAGCAAAAGAAACACAAGAAACGUAAAUCAUCUAGUUCAGAGGAAGAUGAAUGGGUAGAAAAACGAAAUCCAAAUGACUCUUCUUCUGAAGAAGAGCUCAUUAAAAAGAAACGUAGGAAACACAGCACAUCAGAGAGCUCUGAUUCAUCAUCUGAUUAUAAAAAAUACAAAAAAGCGAAGAAAUCUAAGAAAAGUAAAAAACGGAGAAGUAAAUCAAUAGAUAGCUCAGAUGAAUAUGAGAGCAAAAGUCACAAAAGAAUUAAAUCUGAAAGUCCUGAUGAUGAUAGAAGAAAACCCACAGAAGAUAAUCAAGAGACAAUUGAAUAUAAAAAACCUAGUACAAGAGAUGACUGGAUGACCUUACCGACAUCAUUCAAUUCAUUUUCAAGCCAAGACAGACGAAAGGAUCGUGAAGAUAGGAGAAAGGAAGAAAAAGAGAGGCAACAAUACAACCCUAGAGAGUGUACCAGGGAGCUUAAUCCAUAUUGGAAGGAUGGUGGUGAUGGGUUGCCUAAAUUCAAGAAACCCAGUGAAGAAAUGUCCUCAGAAACUGGAUCAAGUUACUCUAGGUCAACUAGAACAUCCAACUGGAAAAAAAAGAAACCUGAAGAAAAUGAGAAUAGAACGUAUACAGAAAAGUCGGAUAUUAUAUAUACGAAUACACCUGAGACAAGUACAAAUGACAAACAAGAUGUUGAUGAUGAUGAUGAUAGGAUAUUGUCAGAAAAGGAGCUUAACCACCUUGCAGCUAAAUUGGUUAAGGCUGAGAUAAUGGGAAAUAUACAAUUGGCAAAAGAACUGAAAGAUAAACUAGACAAAGCUAGAGAGUUAAGACAGAAUGCUCCAAAAACAGUUGAAGAAGAAGUAGUAUUGACGCGCACCGAUAAUCAAGGUAGGUCGCAACCUGUGAAACUUCAGUCAGAUUAUGGGCCGAGUAACCACCGCAAAGAAAAGAAAAAGAAAAUGCCAACUCAUCAAGACGGUGAAAGGAUGAGAUAUUUCGCCGAUGAUGAUAAAUAUUCUCUUAAAGAGAUGUUUGAGAACGAGAAGUUUAACACAAUUGAAGAUCAAAAUAGUGAAUUUGCAAAAAUGGUGAGUAAAACGAAGAAGAGAGAUGACCUGGAUGAUAUUUUCACCGAUAACAUAAGGAAAAAAGAAUCGGACUCGAAGAUUGACUCUAGAAAUAGGGACAGAGCGGUUCAUCAACAUCAAAAAAUAACGAAAAGUCUGGACAAUUGCUCGUACUGUCUUCAAAGUGAGGCGAUGUUAAAACAUCUUAUGGUAUCAAUGGGUGAGACUGUUUAUUUAGGAUUACCAUCAUUUGAGCCUUUAACUGAUGGACAUUGUCUAAUUUUACCUCUAAGACACGUAAUUUGUUCCACUCAAUUGGACGAAAAUGAAUGGCUCGAAAUGUUGAACUUUAGACGAUCUUUAGUGCAGAUGUUUAAGUCUCGAGGUGAAGAUGUUAUAUUCUUCGAGACCGCAAUGUAUUUACAAAGGUACCCGCAUAUGAUAAUCCAAUGUAUACCCGUACCACAGGAAGAAGGUGACAUGGCUCCAAUUUAUUUCAAAAAAGCCAUAGACGAGUCGGAAACAGAAUGGGCCCAAAACAAAAAACUGGUUUCAUUAAAAGGUAGAGAUGUGAGAAAGGCGGUUCCUAAAGGUCUGCCAUACUUUUUCGUGUCAUUUGGAAUGGACGAGGGAUUUGCACAUGUUAUAGAAGAUGAACAGAUGUUCCCCAGUAAUUUUGCUCAGGAAAUUAUUGGAGGGAUGUUGGAUUUACACCAUAGUAAAUGGAGGAAGCCUAAAAGACAAAGUUUUGAUGAACAAAGUAAGAGAGUCUUGGAGUUCAGCAAGAGUUGGUCCAAAUAUGAUUGUACUAAAUAAAUAAGAAUAAAAUAACACUUUUUUGUAAAAAAAUUAUAAUUUUCUUUAUUU